AACAAUGUAAAAGAAAAGCAGAGAGGAAGAGAAGGUAAAGUUUAGUGGCAAGCGUAUUGAUUGCAAACUAUAAGGUUAAUUUAUUUAUUUUUUGCUGAUUUGUGUUUUGAGACAAAACAAAAGCAAGAGCAAGAACAACAGCGACCACAACACAACCCAAUUUGGUUGAACCUUACACGUCAGCAUAGUGAAACGUUGCGUGUUGCUUGAGAGAUGGGAAAUUCGUUCGGGUGUUCGGCCUCCGGCGAGAGGCUGGUGUCGGCGGCGAGGGACGGCGACUUGGUGGAGGCGAAGAUGCUUUUGAACUGUAACCCUUGUCUCGCCAAGUAUUCAACAUUCGGUGGCCUCAAUUCCCCUCUUCAUUUUGCAGCAGCCAAAGGCCACAACGAGAUCGUGGCAUUGCUGCUGGAGAAUGGAGCUGAUGUGAAUUCCAGAAAUUAUUGUGGCCAGACGGCCCUGAUGCAAGCUUGUAGAUAUGGGCACUGGGAAGUUGUACAGACACUUCUACUCUUCAGAUGCAAUGUUAUGAGGGCUGAUUAUCUUAGUGGGAGGACAGCUCUUCACUUUGCAGCUGUGCAUGGGCAUGUAAGAUGUAUUAGACUUGUUGUGGCUGACUUUGUACCAAGUGCACCUUAUCAAGCUAUACAUGCUUGCACAAAUAUUGACAAGGAUGGUGGAUCAAAUGUGAAAGGAAAACAUGAGCAUAGUGCCCUGUCCAAGUUUGUAAAUAAGACUGCUGAUGGUGGUAUCACUGCCCUUCACAUGGCUGCGUUAAAUGGAUACUUUGAUUGUGUACAACUUCUGCUUGAUCUUAACGCCAAUGUGUCUGCUGUGACAUUUCAUUACGGAACAUCAAUGGAUUUAAUCGGAGCUGGAAGUACUCCUUUGCAUUAUGCUGCUUGUGGAGGCAAUUUAAAAUGCUGUCAGAUCCUUGUUGCACGAGGUGCAAGUCGGAUGGCUUUAAAUUGCAAUGGGUGGCUUCCUCUUGAUAUUGCUAGGAUGUGGGGCCGUCAUUGGCUUGAACAAUUACUGGCACCCAGUUCUGAUACCACAGUACCUACAUUCUCUCAUUCAAACUACUUGUCCUUGCCUCUCAUGAGUGUGCUCAACAUAGCUAGAGAGUAUGGAUUACAAUCAUCUACAACCUCCUCUGACGAGAUUGACUUUUGUGCUGUAUGUCUGGAGAGACCUUGUUCCGUGGCUGCUGAAGGGUGUGGGCAUGAGCUUUGUGUAAGAUGUGCGCUUUAUCUUUGUUCAACAAACAAUGUUUCUUCUGAAAUGGUUGGCCCUCCAGGCUCUAUCCCCUGCCCUCUUUGUAGACAUGGAGUUGUCUCUUUUGUCAAGUUACCAGGUUCCCAAGCAAAAGAAAAUAAGCUACACGUGUCUUUGGGCCUGUGUACCCCUUGCAUGCUACAUCCACGUGACCUAGAUCAGCCAUCCAUCUCUCAUACACCUGAGAUUGGAAGAAAUCGUGUAGCUUCUGUUCCAUCAGAAAUACUCUGCCCCGUCACUUGUAGUCCAUUCCCAUCUAUGGCAAUUCCCCUAUGUACCUGCAAUGAUGGUCCAUGUCCAUCAUUUGAACCCCGAGAAGUAGAAACACGAGAUGAAUCACCUCAUCACUCUCAAGCAUCAACAAUGGAUCAGGAUAAAAUUGAAGGGCCAAGAUUGGAUAAAACAACUUGCUCUAGCAUGUUUUGGGGUAGAAGAAGUUGCAGCAGGGAGCACCAAUGCAAUUCAGAGAUAAAUGCUUGACUCGUAUGGUGCUUGUACGAGCCACUCUCGUGUUGUGGAUACAUGGUAUGGUACACUUAGAUCAACACAGCAAUCCACAGUUGCCUCAUUAACCAGCCUCCAAAGGUGGAACUCUAGGAGAAAAAAACUGCUCUGCAGAUCUGCUUGGCUGCAUAGGCUCUAUGCUAUAGGUGAUAGAUACAGUUCUGGUGUUUCAGCAACACAGCCACCCUCUGGAUAUGUUCUUUUCUGAUAUUUAGAGAGUGUGUGUAAUUAGUUUCGGUUUCUUAAGAUUGUUAUUGUGAUUUAUUGUAAUUGGAUUUAAUCUUACCGAAAAAGAAAUAGUUUUUAUUAAGGGGGAAAGGAA